GUUUUGGCUGGUGAUCAACGAGGCGGGGAACAUGGUGACUGCUCGCCAGGAGCCUCGCCUGGUCCUGGUGUCCCUGACCUGCGAGGGGGACACCCUGACCCUCAGUGCAGCCUACACACCGGACCUGCUGCUGCCCAUCGAGACGCCCGCCACCAACCCCGUGCUCAAGUGCAGGGUGCACGACCUGGAGAUCGAGGGCCGGGACUGUGGCGAGGCGGCGGCCCAGUGGAUCACGAGCUUCCUGAAGACCCAGCCCUACCGCCUGGUGCACUUCGAGCCUCACAUGCGACCAAGAAAGGCCCACGAGAUGAAGGAUGCGUUCCGGCCCACGGACCAGAUCGCGUACUCUGACGCCAGCCCGCUCCUGAUACUGUCCGAGGCUUCGCUGGCCGAUCUCAACUCCAGGCUGGAGAAGAAAGUGCAGGCCAUGAACUUCAGGCCCAAUAUCGUCAUUUCGGGGUGUGGCGUCUACGCAGAGGAUGCGUGGCACAAGCUUCUUAUUGGGGACGUGGAACUGAAGAGGGUGAUGGCUUGUUCCAGGUGCGUUUCAACCACCGUGGACCCGGACACGGGCGUCAUGAGCAGGAAGGAGCCGCUGGAGACCCUGAAGAGGUAGGAAUGGGCUGUAAUAUCCCUAAG